CGCACCAGCCCGGGAGCCCGGCUCGGGCGCGUCUGCGGCGCCGCCUGACUCCCGAGCCCAGGCGGCUGCGGCCGGCGCGGCGGGCCUGGGCUGCACGCCGGCGCCGGACCAUGGAGCGCGGGCUGCACCUCGGCGCGGCCGCCGCGGGCGAAGACGACCUCUUCCUGCACAAGAGCCUGAGCGCCUCCACCGCCAAGCGCUUGGAGGCGGCUUUCCGCUCCACGCCCCCGGGCAUGGACCUGUCCCUGGCGCCGCCGCCUCGGGAGCGCCCGGCGUCGUCCUCCUCGUCGCCCCUGGGCUGCUUCGAGCCGGCUGACCCCGAGGGGGCAGGGCUGCUCCUGCCGCCGCCCGGGGGAGGCGGCGGCGGGGUGGGCGUCCCCGGGCUGCUCGUGGGCUCUGCCGGCGUGGGGGGCGACCCCAGCUUGAGCAGCCUGCCUGCUGGGGCCGCCCUGUGCCUCAAAUACGGCGAGAGCGCAAGCCGAGGCUCGGUGGCCGAGAGCAGCGGCGGCGAGCAGAGCCCCGACGACGACAGCGACGGCCGCUGCGAGCUGGUGCUGCGGGCCGGAGGUGCCGACCCGCGAGCCUCGCCGGGCGCGGGAGGCGGCGGCGCCAAGACGGCCGAGGGCUGCUCCAACGCCCACGUCCACGGCGGCUCCAGCGCGCCCCCGGGAGGUCCCGGCGGCGGCGGCGGGGGCAGCAGCGGUGGCGGCGGCGGCAGCAAGAAAUCCAAAGAGCAAAAGGCACUGCGGCUUAACAUCAACGCCCGGGAGCGCCGGCGGAUGCACGACCUGAACGACGCUCUGGACGAGCUGCGCGCGGUGAUCCCCUACGCGCACAGCCCCUCGGUGAGGAAGCUCUCCAAGAUCGCCACGCUGCUGCUCGCCAAGAACUAUAUCCUCAUGCAGGCGCAGGCCCUGGAGGAGAUGAGGCGCCUUGUCGCCUACCUCAACCAGGGCCAGGCCAUCUCGGCUGCCUCGCUGCCCAGCUCCGCCGCCGCCGCCGCCGCCGCCGCUGCUCUGCACCCAGCGCUAGGCGCCUACGAGCAGGCUGCCGGCUACCCAUUCAGCGCCGGGCUACCCCCGGCCGCCUCCUGCCCGGAGAAGUGCGCCCUGUUCAACAGCGUCUCCUCCAGCCUCUGCAAACAGUGCACGGAGAAGCCUUAAACACCCCUCCCCCCGGAAAAAAAACACAGGACCGACCACAAAGCUAGAGGAAAGUGAAAAGCUGCCCCCCCUAACCCCCCGCUUCGGUCCUCUGGUAGUUCUGAAACACUUGCAAAGCAAACAAAGCAGAGGCGAGAACUGAGGAGAAGUAUCAGAGACAAACGGGACUGUUAGCCAUGACAUCCCCAGAAUUUCGGUCUUAGGGGUGGGGAGGGCGGAAGGAAGGAGAUGAAGGUGGGAAUGGAGUAUGGGUGUCUUUUUUCUCAGAAAAGUGGCAACUUUGGUGGUAGCCUACACCUCGAGGAAGCAGUUUUCCUCUAAGGUGAAAAAUAAGUUGAAAAGUAGUCACUUGAAUAUUAAGCGUGAAGAGUAUUAAAUGGCAAAAUACUAAUCCUACUAAUACUUGUGAAUUUGGCAAGAGCCAAGGAGGAGAGGAGGAGUCUGGGUUGGGAGGCUUGUGGGAGGAAAUACUCAUUCAGACAAAUCAGAAAGGGCACUUGAAAAUAAAUUUUGAUUCUGAGCCAGGAGAAAAACUUGAAAUGUAGACUUUUAAGUGGAAAAAAAUAAAACAGAAGGAGACACGUUGCUAUGAAAGACUUGUAUUUUUUAUUGUCUCUGAACUUUAAUCCUGUGAAAUGCUCAAAAGUUUUGGCAAGAAUGAUAUAAAAAACUGACUGUGACUGGAAGAACUGCAUUUAAAAAUAUUUAUGUGCACCUUGUUACUUUCCACUCUGCAGUGAUGUAUUAACAAUUCAUGGUAUUUAUUUGUUAUUUAUUCAAAGACACAUCAACAGUAUCAUGUGUUAAGGUCAUGAGUCUUACGUGCAGAAUUUUUUUUAAUGCCUCUAAAUUCUGUUUUCUAGAUCAACUUAUACUGUGUGCCAAGUGUUUAAAAGGUUUAUUUGCCAACAAAUAUGAAGAGACAUUGAUGUACCUGAGCUGCUUAGGUUUAUCAAAGGUCACCUGGAUAUUUUCAGUUGCAUCACCCCUGUAUUUAAAUUGAGCUUUAAUAAAUUGCUUCAGUCCAAAAAUUACAGGAAAGGUGUAUUCUUAAUUGAUGAAUGAAUUGAUCUCUUUUUAAAAAGGGGACUCCUUUGCAUUCUGAAAGGGAAAGACAUCACAGCAAUAGAUCUUUUAAGUCAGAACAUGCUAAGCAAAUAUUUUUCCAGGCUGUGCUGUGCAUUUUUAAAAGGUCUAAUUUAACUGCUUUUAAUAUAUAUGUACAUAUAAGUUAUUUUAACUUUGGAGAAUUAUUUAAGUUAAAGACUGGUUUGAUUUGCCUAUGGUGUGAAAUCCUUUGUUAUUUUUCUAAAAAAAAAUUUUUUUUUAAGAAAUAAAAUAACACUAAGGAAGAGAAAGAAGCUAUUUACCCAAAGUGAGCUUUCAGUUUUAGUUUGCAUGGCUGUUUGCCUGCCUUUCUAUCUUACGAAAAUCAAGAAAACCUUUUUUAAAAAUGGAUUCCUGCUAUUUUCCACUCCUUGCAGAUAAUACAAAUUCAGUUUGUCAGGUCAGAUGGUGAGUUGGGAGCUGUGAUGGAUCUACUGGUGGGUUUCCAAUGUGUAAAAAUGACAUAUAUAUACAUAAAUAAAUUAAAUAGGCCAAUCAGACUAUGACAGCUAUGUAUGACCAUUUGUAUGUGUAUCUAUGUCAGAAAGAAUCUUUAUUAAAAUAUUUUGAUCAAACAUUUUAUUAUGCUGUGCUUUGUGGAAGGAGCAUUCACCUCUCUGCUGUGUUACUCUUUGCUUGAAAGGUGACAAAAAAAGAAAGGAGUUUCAGAGAAGGUGGAACUAAAUAAAGUUUGUCAGGGAUACACAAUUAGGAGUAGUAGCCCUAGUUUACUUGUUAAAAGAAUGAUGGCUGGGCCUGGUCAUUGGAGGAGAGAGAAAUGGGGGUCAGUGGUGAGAUCCAGAGGACAGCCGGAGUCCUUGUCUGCUGGCAUGAAUUCUGAAGGCCAUGCUGUCCCUGGAAUUCUUUUCCCACUUAUAUGGCACUGUUAACUAUGCCAGGGCCCAUCAAAGAGGGGAAAGUUUCUUCAAGAGUAUAUAUCAAAAUUUUUAUCAGCAACUGCCUGAAAGGCAAGGAAGAGAUGGAUUUGGAUUCUCUAAGGAUAGAUUUUAUUGUGGCUUUCUGCUUUUUUUGUGACAGAAGAAUCAACCAGGUUGAAUUUUAAGUGUAAACAAUGCCCAAAGAGUUACUAGUGUUGCUUGUUAAUGAAAUUUUUAGAAACUCUGUUUGGAUUGGGCUGGGUAUUGGGUUAAUUCUGUUACGGAAUGUCUGUAUAAGCUUGUAUUUGGACCUUAAUAAUGCCUUCAAAUAUAGAAGGCUUGCUUUUUAUUGUGGUGGAGGACUAGAGAUGGUUGUGGUGGUGGUGAAGUUACGGUGUUUCUUCAGUAGUCAGUAUGCUAGAUGCAUUUUUUUGUCUGUAGAGCCUCAGCUCAUAAUGAUAUCCCUAAAUGCCAUCAAACUUAGUGGGGGGUGAGGGAGGAUAUUUUCUGCUCCACUUGCCAUCAAAAAAGAUUAAUCAGAACCUGUAACUUUUCAGAAAACAUAACAGUAAAGGGCCUUGAAGCUGGAGCCCUCCCAGUCGGAGUGGGGGGUAGAGGGAGGGAAGAGACCAGGGCAACCCCCAGGCAGGAAGAGACCCGUCUCUCAGCAUUUACCAGACAAAGCCUGGGUGCUUCUAAUUAUGAUUAUUAAAACAAUUUCCAUGACGAUGUCUAAUAUUAUGUUAAUUUGAAAACAACUGUGUAUGAAAACUGUCGACUAUAAUACCUAAAUUCAUUUAAUGAAACACAUCGUUAAGGCAAUUAAACCUCCUGGAUGUGAUUAAGAAACAUAAUUACGACACUGUUCUGUGCCAUAAUUGGGUGUCUUUAAUCAAGGGGUAAAGUGAUCAGCAACACAGCCAUUAGUUUGUAUUGUUCUGGCCCUGCUGUCCAUCAUUCUGAUUAGGAAUUAACCACAGCCACUAUUAGUCGAAUUUUUUCUUUUUGCAUAUUAAUAUUGUAGGGGACACAUUUGCUGAAAGAUUUACUGU